AUGAGUAAUCCAUCAUCAACUGAUGAACAAAAUCGUUUACCAAAAGAUGGAAUUGUUGUUCAAACAAUGCUUCAAGAAAUGGGUAUAACCAAUUAUGAACCAAAAUUAAUACCUAUGGUACUUGAUUUCAUGCAUCAAUAUACAACAGAUGUGUUAGAAGAAGCAAAAUUAUAUUCAAUACAUGCUGGACGAAAACAAGUUGAACUGGAAGAUAUUAAAUUAGCUUGUCAAAAUUGGGCUGAAGAACAUUCAACAAUGCCACCAAAAGAUACUUUAACUGAAUUAGCAAAAACUAAAAAUAAAAAUCCAUUACCACCAAUAAGAAAUUUUUCUGGUCCACGUUUACCAGCUGAUAGAUUCUGUUUAUUAGCACCUAAUUACAAAUUAAAAGAUACAUCAAAUGAACAUUCAACAAAUCAAACAAUACAGCAACAUGGUACAUCUAAUAAUCCAUCAGCUACAACAUUUAUAACCGAUCAUUAUAAUCCAUUAACAGGAACAAUAACAACAACAACAGCAAGUGGAAGUUUUGCUUCAAAUGAUUUAUUUUCAUCAUCGAAUACAAAUAAACGAAAAAUUAAUGAAUCCGAUGAUGAAGAUGAUAAUUAUGAUAUGGUGUAA